AUGCCGUUCUGUAAUAAGUGCAUGAACAGGUUAUCAGUGGAAACAGUUAAUUCUAGAAGUACUUUUCUCUGCGAGGAGUGCAAUUACAGAAAAGAGAUUCCUGGUACAUUUCGGACAAAGACGAAAUUAACUCCGAAAGUAGAACUAAUUGAGAAGUCUAAGCCUAAAGAACUACCAGAGAGAAAUGCACUGUGCCCAGAGUGUUCAUUCACUAAAGCAAAUUACUACCAAAUGCAAACUAGAAGUGCAGAUGAACCAAUGACAAUAUUUAAUACGUGCACAAGAUGCAAGCACACAUGGAGGGAAUAA